GAAAAAUAAAGCCGAUUGUCGCGUACAUCGCACGUAAAACUUCUUUAUUACGAAAUGGCGUUCGUAUUUUAGAUUACGAACGUGUGAAAUUAUUGUAACAUUCUCAGUGAUAUCAAUAAAUGUUGGAUUACAUUUAGUAAUCUGUGUUACAAGAUCGAAACAAAUAUUGAAAUAGUUGCCACCAAAAUUUAAUAUUGGCCAUGGCUGAACAUGAUCACGAAGAGAUUCCUGAGGUGGAAGCGCAGCUGCUAUCGGAGUAUAAAGAUGGACAGCUGCAAAUUGUUGAAGUGAGGCCUUUUGAAAAAGAUGUGAUGUUACAAGGAGAAGUUGUGAACUCACUAUCUGAUCUUGAAACUGGCAGUGACGCUAAAUACAUACAAUUGGUUAACGCUGGUGACAAGCCAAUGAUGUCACUGGAUUUACUCAAUCUGACACUGGUGAAAUCUCAGGAUGGUACGGAGUCAUAUAGAUUGUUGGCCAACGGUGAGACUCCGGGUGAUGGAGAGACCACUGUCACUUGUGUUCUGGCUUCCAGUGAUAAUGAAGGGAACGAAGACGCAGAGAACCAAGACUACAUGAUAAUGGAAAGCGAUACGGGCCCAGUAAUGUUCCUACAAUCUUCUUUGCCCAACGAUAAUAUUACGACAACGGGAACUGAACUUCAUACUGUGAAUGUCAGUUUUGAUGCGAACGAUGAUGAUAUUCAACUAGCAGAUAACAAUGUCAAAAUUCUGAAGAGUACUCCUGCUGCUGAAAAGGUAAAAAAAUUAACACCAGUUGAAAUAUUGGAGAGGGCAAAGGCGUUACAAAAAGCCAAGGCUCUCAUAGCGUCUGCCAAUACAUCCAAUCGUCGUUACGUGAGGCGGAAACGGAAAUCCGAUUUGCCCCCACCACACGAACUGUUGUCUACGCCCGGAUUUAAGCUGUUCUUGUAUUCCUGCAAAUAUUGUAACUUUAAGUGCAACGCUACUAAAGAAAUGACGGCUCAUAGGAUAGCAGAACACAGUGGGGGCGGAAACGGAAGCAAAUGGCGCUCCGGGGGGCGAAGCGACAGAAUAACUAUGCAAUGUGCCCGGUGCCCUUUUAAAGGUCAUACGCAUAUGCAGUUAAUGAAACACGUACAGGAUGUUCACUUGGCAGAUGAAGCUAACAAAGUAUACUUGAACACUGACGAAGUACAAGCGGCGGAUGUCCUCGUUUGUGGGGCUUGCGGGUUCGAAUCCUCGUCGAGGGUAGCCUUCAAGCAACAUAUAGAGAACGAACACGGAGCCACAGCUGUUUGAGAAAUAAUGUCUCGAGUGUUUGAAUACCAAUUUUGGGAAGUUUUGUGAAGUGCUGUGAAUAGUGAUAUCAAAACUAUGUGUAUAUAUGUGAAUAACUAAACAUAAUAGGCAAAGGCAACCAUAAUAUACUUAGAUUAAGACAAAAAAAGGGAAUACAGUUUUUUUUUAUUUAUUUUUUACAGUUUUUGGGAAACUUACAGCUAGUUUUUGUUACUUGCUAUUCUGCAUAAUAUUUAUGUUUAAGGCCAAUUAAUAGUUUCCGCGGAUAGUUAAAGUAAUCAUUAAAAAAGUCGGCAUGAAGCGCACAUGAUGCUUAAAUGCAUUAUUAAGUGGGUAUGUAUACUAUAUAUACUUAUAAGCAAUUAAAAAAGCAGAAAGAUAAAAAAUACAUAGCUUAAGUACUCGGCUCAAAGAAAAUAUUAUUGUUUUUUUUUUUAAACUGAAUUCAAGCUAUCACAAAACAAAUCAACAUCUAACUAGCCUGAUGAGUACUGGUUAAAAUUGUGAGGAGCUCUAAUUGUGAAAGAAUUUUGACGAUAAUUAGUUGAGACUAACGGUACAUAAAGAGUUUUAGUGUCUAGUGAUUUUGUCAGGGGUACUAAUAAAUAUUUUGCUUAAUAAUUCAAUCGAUGCUGCUAUUAUCUCACUAAUCCGGCACUAUUAAAAACAGGAGAGUGCCGAAUUAUUGGAAUGUUCGGAUUACUGGAUUAUAGUGAAAAAGUCGUAGGUAACGAAUAAAAUAAAGCAUUUCAUAGAUGGAAUAAAAUGUAUGUAAUGUAUUAAUUUAACAAGUACAUACAUAUGGAAUAACAUAGUUUUAAAAUAAUCCUUAAUCGAGGUCUGCUUUUGUGCAACUCAUAGUCCUUGCUUAAAAACCAUUUCUCGCAUGUUGCGAAGAAUUAUAAUAUCUUUGGCAGACAUGCAUUGAAAGGUAUUGAAACAAAUCAAAUGCUUUUAUGGGCAAAUUGGAUAUUUUCAUAAUUUUCUUGACUUCUGGGACAAAGUCAUUAUGAAACCAUUCGCUGAAUACUUCUCUCGUGACCCAACUUCUAAUUUGAUUCUUGUAGCUGACUGGCAGACAAAUGUUCUAGAAACCUCUGGGAUUUUUUGGUUUACCAAUCACUAACAAAUCCAUUAUUGAUUAUUGGAUGUGCCGAUCUAUCGAAGUGCCGGAUAAGUGAGAUUAUACUGUAUACGGUACGCUCAUACUAGCAUCAAAUAAAAUAUGAUCCGACUCAACUACAUAAGAAACUCUCACACACACACACGUCUGUAUAUAAACAUUCAAUCGAGCG